AUGACAUCGCCGUUCCCCAAGUCAACUUCUCGCCCUGGUGACGGCCGCAUUGUCGUGAGACUACUUCCAGCUGGCGGCAGCGGCCUUGAGACCAUCAGUUACCAAUACCCCUUGAAACUGAUCUCGCCUUCGCCCACAGUGGCUCAGAAAAGCGCCUUGGUCUUUCUUCUAUCAUACGGAGGUGGCCUGGUUGGCGGCGAUGGCGUCAAUCUCGCCGUUCGUGUCCAUCACGGAUCAAGUCUCAGCCUAGUCACUCAGGGCCACACCAAGAUAUUCAAGUCUCCCUCGCCAGAAGUCGUCACAAGUCAGAGAUUACAAGUGCAAAUCGACGAAGACGCUGCAGUCUGUCUAUUGCCAGAUCCUGUCCAGCCAUUUGAAGACAGCGUGUACGAGCAGGUUCAAGUCUUCAACCUGGGCAAUCGGGCAUCGUUGUGUCUCCUGGAUUGGGUGACGCAAGGAAGGGUAGCGCGCGGAGAGAAUUGGAGCUUCAAGAGCUGGAAAGGACGCAACGAAGUUUGGACACAAGCAUCUGAUUCGGCGCAAAAGGAGAGACUUUUAAUCAGGGACAACAUCAUCUUAAGCCAAGGUGGAAGCCAGUCGGUUGGCUUGCCGCUGAAAGACACAAUGCAUAAAAUGAGUGUCCUGGGCACACUUAUUCUCCGUGGACCAGUCGUGGCGCCCAUUGGAGACUUCUUCAUGAGAGAGUUUGCUGCUUUUCCACGGAUAGGAUCUCGCGACUUUCGCUCAAAAGAGGAUCAAGAGAGGGACUCGAAGGAAAUGCCAGAGUUUGAGCAGUGGCGAUCACGGAGAAUCGACAUGGAAAGGCAGCAGAGCGUGCUUUGGUCCGCAGCUCAGGUUCGAGGAUGCGUCAUUGUCAAGUUUGGGGCUGCUUCUGUUGAAGCCGGACGAUCAUGGAUUGGGUCAAUGUUGGCAAGGGAAGGAAACAUAGCCGCGUACUUUGGGCAUUCAGCUCUCAUGUGUGUUGAGCCUUGA